AGGAUGUGUGUUAGUUUGUGUCCAGAUUAACAGUGAUCAGGGUUGUGCUUUUGCUAUUGUUUCUGACAUUUCGUUUUAUCCUCGAAGCUAGCUUAGCUAGCUAGUAGUAGCAUGGUCUACUUGGAUUUUGAAACUACAAAUGUUGAUGACCAUAUAUGGCUACGGCCAUGCAGUGUUUUCAUAUUUCUUUAACAAGCUAGCUAAACUUUACCAAUUAAUUUACCUAAUAAUCUAAUAUUUUACAUGCCAUAGUCUAAGGGUAAUAUUUGCCUUCAACUUUACUGCUUUCAUAGUAUAAUUUAAUGUAAAUAUUAAUAAUAUUGCUACAGUAAUUUCCUUCGUAGAUGCGAUUAGAACAGGAAGAAAAGAUCAGUCUUGUUCUGUAACAUGAUGGAAAACAAGAAAUCCACGAACUCCUUCCUAGCGCACACACCUCUAUUGACUUUAUUUGCGAUCAUACUGUACGCUGUCACCACUAUAAAUAUCUAAAUCACCACAGUUUGGAAGAAAGCUUGUCAGUUGUGCCGGUGGCGUGUUUCCUCGUUCCCCGUACCCGUGCAAGGCUGUUAGAGAUGGAGCUGCCCAACUACACCAGGCAACUGACGCAGCAGCUACGCUCCUUGAGGAAAGAGGGUCAGUUCUGUGACUGCUCCAUUCUGGUGGGGGACACUCCCCAUCAAGCCCACAAGCUAGUGCUGGCUGCCUCCAGUCUGUUAUUCAGGUCUCUGCUGGAGGGCUCAGAUACCAUCUCAAUUGACACGGCCGUGGUGUCCUCCCAGGAGUUCUCUUGCUUGCUGGACAUGGUGUACACUGGAAAGCUGCCCCCAGGGAAACACAACUUCACCCGCAUCAUCGCAGCCGCAGACAGUUUGCAGAUGUUCGACGUAGCUGUGGGCUGCAAGAACAUCCUCGCCAACUUGAUGAAGCAGUCAACUACUAUCACUGCCACGACACACACCACCAAAUCAGCCUCACCUUCACCAACCACCACCAGACCAGCCUCACCUUCACCAACCACCACCAAACCAGCCUCACCUUCACCAACCACCACCAAACCAGCCUCACCUUCACCAACCACCACCAAACCAGCCUCACCUUCACCAACCACCACCAAACCAGCCUCACCUUCACCAACCACCACCAAACUAGCCUCACCUUCACCAACUACCACCACACCAAGCUCACCUUCACCAACUACCAACAGCCCUCAGCUGAAACAGCUGAGCCAGAAUGCUGAGCACACAGGUUCCCUCGAGGCAGCAGUUCCUAACAUGGUAGAGGGCGGUGUGAACAUUGGCACUUCUGGAGCCAAGGGGAAGGGGGAGGAGCCAUCUUUGGAGAGGGGAGUGACCACCCAAGCAGCCACACAAACCAAGCCAAUGAAAGAGAAGAAAGAUAUGGCUGGACCACCAUCUAAAAGAGCUUGCCUACAACGUCCAGGGAGCGCAGCUGACCUGGAUACUCUGUCAGCUGGAGAAGCCAAGAUGCCAGCUGAAGUCGGAGAUCUGUGGCAGUUUUUAAAAGGGCUCCAGACCUGGGACCGCAUCUCCACCGAGGAGAAACAGGUGAUACUGUCCUGCUGUGACGAGGAUCCUGGGGGUCCCGCUGUGUUCCAGAGGCUCCAGAGCAGGGUGAAGGAGCAGCACGGUCUCACUGCCCAGACAUUACUCACCCUACUGGGACUGCUCAGGGAGUUCCACCCAAAUCUGGCAACCCUGCUGCAGGAGCAACCAGAGGGCCUCAGCCAGGGAGCUACAGGCUCCGAGGCUGAGGAGCUGGAGGAGGAGCAGGCUCAGUCCGCCACUGGCCAGGUAGGAGAAGAGGAGGAGGACACAGAAGGAGAGGGCGAAAGAAAGACCAGGUCCAAAGCUAAACGAUCCCCCCGUCGGUUUUCGUGUCUCUGGUGCAAUAAGGUGUUUGACUAUAAGUGUCGCAUGGUGGCCCAUGCCGACCGCUGCUCCAUGUCCCAGGAGGCCACGCUGCAGUGCCCGGAGUGUGCAGAGGAGAUGCCUACGCCGCAGGCACUACAGCUCCACCGCAACAAAGAACACCCAGAGCCCAAAACCGCCAAGAAGAAACGGGCACAGGUGUCCUGCGAUAUCUGUGGCAGGACUUUUGCCCAUCCCUCCGGUAUGCUGUACCACAAACGCACAGAGCACUUUGAACAGAAGCCGUUCGUGUGUGAAGAGUGCGGGGACAAGUUUGGGGCCAACUCGUCCCUGAAGAACCACAUGCGACUCCACACUGGAGAGAAGCCGUACCGCUGCAAGAACUGUGACAUGAGCUUCAGUGUGGCUGCCGCGCUGGCCUACCACACCAAGAAGAAACACUCUGAGGGAAAAAUGUAUUCCUGUCAGUACUGCGAGGCUCUCUUUGCUCAGUCCAUUGAGCUGACGCGGCACGUGCGAACACACACUGGGGACAAGCCCUAUGUGUGCCGGGAGUGUGGCAAAGGCUUCAGCCAGGCCAACGGCCUCUCCGCUCACCUACACACCACUCACAAUGUCAAGGAGCCCCAUGACUGUCAGAAGUGUCGUCUGAGUUUCCCCUCCUUGGAGGACCACAGGACACACAUCCAGGAGUGCCACCCUAAGGAGUUCCACCAGUGUCCCGAGUGCAGCAAGUUGUUCACCAACCCGGCUCUGCUCGAGAAGCACAUAGCAGUGCAUGCUGGGGGGAAGCCAUACAGCUGCAAGAUCUGUCAGAGGUCCUACCAGCAAAUGUCAGGGCUGUGGUACCAUAACCGGACCAACCACCCAGAGGUGUUUGGCGGUCAGAGCAGCCGGCAGCUGAAGUCUCUGCUGCGGUGCAACGUGUGCUCCAAGUUCUUUCCCAGUGCCAGUAGCCUGGCCAAGCACCAGAGGACCGAGCACCCAGACCCAGACCCAUCGGGGGUGAAGUGCGCGCAUUGUCCAGCCCUUUUCCCCAGCGAGGCCGACAUGCAGGAACACGCCAGCACUGAGCAUUUCAGCCAGGAGGGGGCAGCAGUGGGCUGCUCUCUCUGCCCCUUGGUCUGCUCCUCCCAGCUGCAGCUCCAGGAGCAUUUCCUGUCCUUUCACAUAGGAGUGGUGGAGGAGCAGACCUCCACCUCCCAGACGGAGACAGAGGCGGACCCUGCUGGUGAGGCGGAGCAAGUGCUCUCUGUGGACCAAUCCCAGCAGGUGUUUGUUGCCCUGGGCAAUGGGGAGGAUGGUGACUCCAGCUCAGAGGUGAUGGCAGUCAACAUGGAAGACCUGCUAAAUGGGACAGUCACCUUCAUUUGUGACUAGGGCCAGUGACCUCUGACCCUUUACUUUUGCUCUCUGGUCACCACUUCCUGGUGAAGGAGGAGUUGUCUUAACAGUGGCCAGUGGUUGAAUAUAUGGUAUGAAUUAAUUUUACAGUCUAAUGCUUCAAGUGACAGUGGUUGUGUAUCCAAUGAGAGCUGUAUAUACAGGACAUAACCUACUAAGGGCCCUCAAUUAGUGUUGUUCUUCUGAACAGAGCUGUUUAUGCUCUUCAUUUCCUUUGCAAGUGUGAAAAAAGGAGUGGUGAUUUUCAAUCAUGGCUUUCAGACUUCGGCACUGGACAUUAACGGACAGGUCAGUGAGCUUGUGGACCACAACAGCCUAUGAACCGUCAUUAAAGACAAGUUCUCCUCCUAAAGAAAAACAUGUGAACAAAUUUACUCCACCUGUCAGCAAGUCCUGUGAUUUAUUUGGAAAUGUAGUUAGUCUAAUGUGCACCAAUCAGUCCUGGCAAGCGUUUCAAAUGCUUCCUAGAAUCACUGCUGUAGAUCACACAAGUCUGUACCCAUUUGAUAGUCAUACAAGUUAGUGUGGUCAAGCCAGGAACCCCCUGUGGAAUUUAGAGAAAACGGGAAGGAGGAACAAAUCGUCACUGACACCACAGAAAUGUAUCAUCUUUGAUCUCCAGGCACAGGUAGAUCUCUUCAUACUAGUCUAAGAGAACAGCUUGUCGUUUUGGGGCGUCCUUUAUCAAAUUCUUUGACAUAUUUAUGUUUGUCUGUGUACGUCCUUUGAUUGCAUGUGUCUCUAACCAUUUGUGCCGUAGGCUACAUUAUUUGGUUUUUCCUGGUAUAUCUUAUGCAUACCAAUUCCUAAGCACACAUUUGCUCCAAGGUAAUAAAAAAGUUUAAUUAAUUGAGA